AUGACCAGACUGCUGGUAAUCUUGCCGCUGCUGCUGUGUCUGGCCGCCUGGGCAACCGCGCAGUUCGGCGGCGGCUACGGCAGGCCUGGCUUCGGCGGCGGUGGCUUCGGAGGGCCCGGCUACGGCGGUUACCCAGGCAACUACGGGCGUUACCCGGGCAACUACUACAACGGCGGCGGCUACAGGCCGAACUUCGGUCCCGGGGGCGGCUUCCGGCCUGGAUAUGGAUACGGCGGUGGAUACAAUGGGUACGGUGGCGGGGGCUUUGGCCGCUGA